GCUGUGUGGAAAGAGGGUGCCAGAGAGUGAGAAAGCAGAGGGAGAGGAGAGAGGGGAAAAAAAGAGACGGCGAGGAUGUGUGUGAGCGUACGGUGAUCCGUGCUGCAGGUACAGUCAGAGCCGGAUACAGGUUUUACAGCCGCACCGGACCCCGGCAAAACCCGCCUCGCAGCCUGCCUCUCUCCUCUUCAUCCCCCCCGAGCGACCCUCCGCGAUGUCUGGCGGAGGAGAGGUACGCGUCCUCCGUCAAGAGGCCGGGCAAGAGAGCCCGAGGAUGCCGGCCUGGAAGCGAGAGAUACUGGAGAGGAGGAAAGCGAAGGGUGGCGGGUCUGGAGGAGCCGGUGCCGCGGAGACAAGUCCCGGCGGCGCGGGCCCGCAGCGGGCUAACGGCGAGCUGACGGGAAAUGUGAACGGCAGCAGCAGCGGAGCCAAGAGUGACAGCGGAGCGAGCGGCGGGUCCGGGCGGAACUACACCAUCACCACGGCCAGCCAGCACUUCUCCAACAACAAAGAGCCACGGCCGAUGGCCGCGGAGAGGACGGUUUCUGGGGAGGACGAGAGACCCGAGAGCCUGGUGCUACAGGAAAGCCUGGGCCCGCUGGAGGAGAACCCGUUCAUCAAGCUGGAGAAGGAGAGGAGGAGGCGACAGGACCGAGAAAACACCGCUCGCCCGGUCCAGCACAUCCUGGAGCUGUAUGGCAGCGUACCAGGCAUACGGACUAUCCGCGCAGAGAACAUUAUCAUAAUUGAAUCGGACCCGGAUUACUUUCCGGAAGCUGGGGGGUUAAAAAGCGGGUCCAAAUGGCAGCAAAACGGUGUCAGUAGUUAUAGCUCUCUGAACGACCUCCUGGACCGGAGAGGGAGUGCUGUUACCGAGAUAAGAGCCAAGGAGGUGGUCAUUUACGACACCACGUUAAGCAAGAGUGAGGAGAACCUGAGCACCCUGGGCCGCCCUGAUCAUGACGUCUCAUCAUUUGAGACAGGUGAGGGUCAAGGCAGGGUCAGCCGGAUGCUGCAGAAGUUUGACAGCAACUAUGGGAAGCUGCAGAAGAAGUCCCGCAGCACAGAGAACCUGCUGGACCUGGAUUGUGGUGCCAGCAGCAGGCCAAGGCUCUGGCCCAAGCCACAGCCAGAUCUGGUGCCAAAGCCCAGGCCAGGCCCGUCGGUCAGCAGCCCGCUCCACAGCCCGUUCAGCAGCCAGCCAUCGUCUCCUGUCUUCCAGAGUCCCUCGUCUUCCAAACCAAAGCCCCAGCCUGCUGCCUCCGAGCUGGGCAGCCCCCAGCGCUCUGCUGGGGUCCCUCAGUCCGUGUCUUCCUUCCGUCAUAGGUUUGAGGACAGUGGAGGACGUGGCACAGCUGUCGCCCCGAGAGAUGAGCCAGACAGGGGGCAAAUCAAGCCCACCAGGGAGAGAGACUGGGAGGGCGCAGAGGUGCCACCCAAAUCCAAGGUGCCAUGCUCCCCGGAGACCCUUCGUGCCCGUGCCGAUCCCCCCUCAAGCUCCAUCUCUUCCAAGGUGUCGCGCUCCUCGCCUGACUUUGAGAUCCGCCCCUCCCCUAAGCCAGACCUCGCCCGCAUUCCUGACGAGGACACCCAGGCACGGGCCCUCGCAAACCUGCGCCUGCAGUCCCGAAACUCCUUCACGGUGAUCCCCAAGCGCCACGCUGCUGCCUCGUCUGCAACCGGCAGCCCAACGCCGUCCAGCCCCAUCAAGUCUUCCCCCUCCCAUAGAGCGGCAGUGGUGCCCACGCCUGGAGUGCCAACCUCCCACACCCCUACACCCACUCUGACACCCUCAAAGAGGACUGAGGAGAAACUACAGGAGGACAAGGAGAUCAAGACAUCAGCACAGCCAUCCAAGCCUGAACCAUCUCCUGUUGCCACAAGUCCAGAUCCUCCCCCGGCCUCAGAACCUUUGUCCCCAUCUCCUGCUCUAACCCCAGCCCCCUCCUCUCCACCUGCCCUGGCGUCCCCCCCCUCUUCUCCAGCUGUCCCAUCUUCACCUUCCUUCUCCCCGGUUUCCUCAGUCUCUCCUGUCCCCUCCGACCCCUCCCCCGCUCCAGAACAACCUCCCAUGGAUCACCUGCCAGUAACGAACAUAGACGACAUUGAAGUGGAGCCCCCGCAGCGCGUGCCUGCUCCCAGCCCCAUGGUGCAGAGGAGGAAGGGCAACACCUUCACUGUGGUGCCUAAACGUAGGUUGGAGUCCGAGGCCCAGCCAAGCUCGCCUGAACCCCAGCAGGAAGCCUCGAGUGUCGCUCCGCCGGGGUCCACACCCCCACAGGCCCCUUACGCUCAGCUGGGCUCCCUGCUGAAGAAACGGUACCCUGCUGUGGAGGAGAUCGAGGUCGUCGGUGGGUACCUUUCCCUCGCCAAGUCCUGCCUCUCCAAGACGGGCUCCACGGGCAAGAAGCUCAAGAUCUCCUUCAACGAGUCGAGUCUCGCGAGCACGUACGAGUAUCCGUCGGAGAGCAGCACGUGGGACAGCGGGGACGAGGACGAGGACGAGAAACAAGAUGAGAAGGUGGCGGAUGACCAGCCAAGCAUGGUGGGACGCAUCCACAUUCCCCGACCCAGUUUCACCAGCUCGCCCACGCACACGACCAACAGCAACGACCUUUCCAACUACGUUCCCAAGCACUCGGUGGACUUCAGCGCCUGGCAGGAGCACAAACAUGAUGACAGUGUUUACCAGGAGGACUCCACUUCUCAACACACCCAGCUGACAGAGGAAGUAAUGCUCACCCCGGCAGACAGCUCCUCCCUGUCUGACUACAGCAGCGAGCCCGCCCUUUACUUCUGAUCGCUCGGACCAAUCAGCUGUACAGUAGCAUCUCACCCGUGGGACCAGACAGCAGCCAGAGCCCAGCCAGGUCUGCCACACCUGGGCCUGAGCCGCCUCCAGCUCUACACUCCAGCCGCCUCUAAGCACAUCUUCUCUAUCAGACAGGAAACAAUGUUUUGUUUUGGGAUUUUUUUUUUUUUUAAUUUCUUUUCAGGGUGGGGUGAUGAUUUCCUGCCACGGUACCACAGCACGCCACGUUACCGACUGCAUAUCAGAGCAGGGCAGCUUUUUGUCGGACGGCCAGUAUUCCAUUCCCACCCUCUCUCUGACCUGAAAUCCAAGAGCAGCUGGACUGUGUUUCCCCUGCCAUCCCGGACAGUUGACCUGUCGGCCUCCCUCCUUCAUCGUCCCUCACCGACAAAACAGAAUCCAAUCCACUGUCACCAUCUAGAGAGAUGCCUGUCUUCUUCUCCAGACUCUGGAAGAAGUUCACCGGCUUUCAUCGUCCCUCCUGCAUUUGUCUGCCUCAUCAUUCACUUCAAGUCUUUGGGAGAUACUGACAAGCGAAGGAGCUCAAACACUCCUUCAAAGGACAAGAAGCCACCAGUGCCCCAUGUGUAGGUGACGGGAGUUCAGUGUUAGCAUGAAAACAUGUCAAUAGGACGUCCACGCGUCCACACGUGUAGAUCGCCGGCAGACUCAAAAAAAAACAAAAAAAAAUGGUGAAAGGGUGCCACAAUUGUAGUUUGUUUUUUUUUUGUCCUUUUGUUUUUGUACCUGCAUGUUUUUGAUUUCAGCCAACAGCUCGGUUGGUUCUCUUUUACUGUAAAGCUUCUGUAUGCCUUUUAGUUUUCUUUUUCUCUGGCAAACUAUGCUGUAUCGAAGCUGCUGGACGUUAGGUAGAAGAGUCUUUUAACGGCAAGCAAACUUCAACAGCAACAACAGAAAAAAAAAAAAAACUCCCUUCUUUGUGUCAAGGAAGGGUUCAAUUAUGCACCCCAGGGAAGAUGUUCUGUCAAUCAGCAGCAACUCUGAUUUCUGAGUGAACGCGUGAUAAAAGUGACCUUGGCCAACAAUGUCUGUAUGUCCGUGUUGCUGGUGACAAACAAAAAUCGUCAUACUGUAGAAUGUUUCUGUAUAUCCUCUAUCAAGGUUAUCUGUGUCACGUUUUAUCAGAAAGCUGUUAGACCUCCUGACAAUUCUUUCCGGCUUUCUCCUCGUGUAUUUAUUCCUGCUUAAAGUUGAAGUUUGCAUGUCUGAGACCUGCUCAUGUACAAAAGACAUUUUUGUAAAGACAAACAAAUUGUGCUGGUGUGGAGGGAAACCGGCGUGGUUUUCUCUGUUUUUCGUUUUCCAGUCGGACCUCAUGUACUUUGACAUUCCACAGAGAAAGAAGCCGGUUCCAUCGGAGUAAUGAAGGCAACAAUGAUUAUGAUCACUCAUAAUAUGGCAUGUUUGUGAGAGCGAAUGCAAAGAUUGUGUGUGUGUUUGAAGGUAUAUGUAAAUGUUUUUUUUUUCUUUUUUAAUUAAGAUUGUUUUAUAUAAGAUUGCACCAAGUUUCCACCUGAUGUUUUUUUUAAAAACUCAUAAUGCCAACCAAUUAAAGUGUUGCUGUAACGGCCUCACAUUCCUUCUUUCCACGCCCAGGAUCGACCCUUCGGCCAGUAUUGUUGUACAGUUUCCACCAUAUUUUCAUAUCCUCAAGUACGAACAUGUAUUUCUUACUCCUGUCAUAUUUCUUUUUCUUCUUAUUUCUCCCAUCAGAGGAAAUGUGGUGAUUUGGAUUUUGCUCUGAGGGGAAUGAGACGUUCUAUCUUUGUCCGAUCUGUUUUGUCUGCGGUCUUGGAUGUUAAAUGUGUUUUGCACUGUCAUGCUAUUAGCUUUGUUUUGCACCUCAUGAGAAGGAGCAGAGUAGGCAACGGAGGAAAUGUGCACUUAAAAAAAAGAAAAGAAAAAAAAAAGAACAAGAAGUCUAGUUGGAGAGUUUUGUUUCCAAACAGUAGCCUUUAUGGACACCUGCUUUUAGACAACCAUUGAUUGUAUGUCACACACAGUAGAGGAGGAAGAAUAUUGAGCCCUUGUUUGGCGUACUAACAUUUUUUUUUAGACUGCCGGUGUUGACUUUUUUAUGAUCAAAAUGAAUGAAUAACGUUUUGGAAUAGAACUCUUCAACUGUAAACGAUGAAUGCACUGCCGAUGAAUGCCAUGUCCACUUUCUUUCUUUCUUUCUUUCUUUUUUUUUUUUAACUAUUUGCCACAGCCUUGCAUCAAAAAAGUCUUAUGAUUGUCGGCCUUGAUGCUGUGACCACUAACUGUAGCCCAAGUGUAAUUUUCUCACACAGGUCCAGGGCUUCGUCUUUGUACUGAAGGGACCCUCAAAACACCCGUCGAAUCCUUCAGCUCACUUGAUGUUAUCGUUCAGUCGACCGGAUGUGUUGUGCAGAAGCUUUAAAGGCCCAUACCACGGAUUUUACAUUCUUUAGCCCUUUGAGUACAAAUCAUGUACGCCUUGCAUUAUUGGUGACCAUUCUGCAAACUGCAGUUUAGAAGUUUGAAUGUUUCAAUUAUUCCAGAUUAUCACUGGUUUCCACUCAGUUUCUUAUGGCAUGGGAAUCCCAUUUAAUUUGGAACUUGCUUAACUUGUAUAAAACAGAAGGAACAUCGUUUUUAUAUAUACUUAUAUAUCGUUUAGUUUGUACAGUUUGGAGUAACGGGGACAUUGCACAUUAAUAAAGUUUAUGUAAAUGUGCCAGUUGAGCCAUUCUGGCUAACUUUCAACUGCAGACCCCAGGCAGGUGCAACAUCAGGUCCCAUAGUUGUUGCAUCAUAAUGACGUAGAGCUUGGUAUCAUUCGAAAGAACUACGCUUCUAUACUAAAAUUAUACUUCUGUCAUACCUUUCUCUAGAAAAACACCAGAAUCCAGAAUUGUUUCCACUUUCAAACUGCCAAUUUCUUUCUUUUUAUCCAACAUUGUUUGGUCAAAUAAUAAGUUAAAAAAGAUGAUGAAUCUGAGCAAGUGUACAGCAGACACAUUUCAAUCUGUGCCAAAAAGUACUGAAGUUCAGUAUCCAUCUAUACAAUUUGCUGUGCAUACCUGCACUCCUGUCAUGAAGGAAACACCACCGACUAUCCAUCCAUAUGGAGAUGAGUAGACAGUUACUCUCCUUCUUUAAGAAUUUACAUUUAAAUACCUAACUAUCAUAAUGUAGAGUAACUAUAAUGGACAAAAAUGUAUGCAGACUGAUGUUUGUUGUUAUAGAGGUUAAGCAAGUUACAUGGGUCCACUAGUUUAUUUUCAUACUGAGGAAAGGAAUGGUAACCAACUGCUGCUUUGAAAAGUAGGAAAAACACACCAAAAAACAAAAUUAUAUAAAAUAGUCUGCAAUAAAAAUAAGUAAGUGCACAUGAUUUGUAAUUAAGGAGCUACAAAGAACAAAACACAUGGGUGUGGUUCUUUAAGUUUCAAAGACUGCCUCUCUUGGACCUGCUGUGGAGUCGUAGCUAACAGUUACAUGACACGCCUGUGGAUUCAUCUGUGGUAGCUGCUUUUGACAGCCAAAACCCCAAAGAGGACGUUUACUCUCUCUGGGAACCUUUAGCUCUCUGUCUUUCUGUGAACUGAAGGACCAAAAAAAGGCAGAGUGUAUUACGGGAAUCUCCACUGAUCGUCCUCAACGACACCAGCCAGAACCUUUCUGUUGGAUAUUACAUGGACAUAGAGGCACACAACUUGACUUCUGAAGUGUACAUGCGGUCUUUCUCUCUCGCCGCGGUGUUUUCCCAUCCGUCUACUCCUGUUGCAAAGUGAGCAGUCUGUGUUGGUCACACUGUAGCAACUCUGUGGUAGAAGUUCCAUCUUGUUCCCCCUUUACUUUCCCCCCCGCGUCUGUAAAUCGACAUCACAGCAGAUGUGCUUACUGUAAAGUUAUUGUCAAUGAUUUGGGCAAAUAAAAAAUAAAAAAAGACAAAGUGAUGUCAUACUUGUACAAAUGAAAGCUCAAUAAAUAGAAGACUUGAACAAAUGUAAA